AGCUGCACGAAAGAUAACAUCCUGAGAACUAUUGCCAAUUUUUCAUGUGAUCCAAUAACAAGACUUGAUACUGCUAUGACGACUUUGAUGUCCUCCUUGGCAGCAGUCAAUAAAAGGAUUGAUGACGAAUGUCUGAAGAAUGUUAUACCAGACUCCUGUCGUAACGUUUACAGUGCAGCUUCAUAUCAAUCAGUGAUAUUUUCCUCCGGGUUAAAGGUCAUGUGUGACACCAAGACAGACGGCGGUGGAUGGAUCAUCAUCCAGAGAAGAAUCAACGGAAACGUAGAUUUCUAUAAGACUUGGAAAGAGUAUCGUGACGGCUUUGGGGAUAUCGAAAAUGGGGAUUUUUAUCUGGGCAACGAGAACAUCUAUAUGUUAACGUCUAAGAGGCAAUAUGAACUGAGAGUUGAUUUGGAGUUUAGCAACAAAAGGUAUUUUGCCAAAUACGCCAGUUUUCAAUUGGGAGCUGAAAAUGACGGCUAUAGAUUAAGCAUACAAGGCUAUUCUGGGAACAUGACAGACAACCUGGCCUAUAGUAACAACAGAAAAUUUACCACGUUUGAUCAAGACCACGACGACUACGCCGGUAAUUGUGCACUGGACUAUACAGGAGGUUGGUGGUACGGUAGCUGUACUGAAGCCAAUCUAAACGGUAUGUACGGACGUACGACGUACAAAGGACUGCUAUGGGUCAGCUUGACAUCCCUUUCCGGAGGUAUUACUUUUGCUGAGAUGAAGAUUAGAGAAAAGUGAUCAGAAAAGAGAGAUUUCAAAACGUUAUCAAGGCUUGAAGCUAAUGUAGUUUAUUAAAAGUAUGUGAUGUGAAAUGCGGCCAUAGAAACACAUGUUUAAGAUGUCAACUUGUUAAAUAUUAAAUGUUUAUGGUAUACAUA